GCCGGAGAGAGAGCCGGGAACGGGCCCAGAUCGGCCGCCUGCACAGCCUGCUGCCUUUUGGAAAUGCAGGCACCCCGGGAAGGGUAGCGAGUUGAAUGUCAUUGUCAUUUACAUCAAUGGGCGAGGCAACCGAGGCUUGGAAAGGCGACUUGCUGGGUCUCCCAGCUCACCAGUGGACGGAGCUGUAGCCCGAAGCUCAUUGCAGCCACCACGCCCUGGCACCCACUGUUGCUGAGAACCGUCCUCUUGGCCCAUCUGCCCCGGCCACACGGGGCAGAGGGCCCCGGGUAGGGCCUGAGCUGCCUCUGUCACUCAGCCUAAUCCGCCUCAGGGCCCCGUCCCAGGCCGUGUGCUCUCUGGGUGCAUAAGCAGCUUUACGGGCCCUGAGAGCCAAGGGUGCUUCUUGCGCUGUGUCUCUGAGCCCCGUUGCCUGUCUUCGCAUGGCCACGGAGCAGGCGAGGGGGCAGCAUGGCCCAGACCUUGCUCCCAGCCCCCAGAAGCCCCCCGUGGGGGUCACAGCUCCCAGGAGUGGUGCUGAGGGGCAACCCUUGACCAGGAGAAGCAGCAAAAGGGAGAGGGGGCCCCGAGGGUCCCAGAAAGGCGCCGACGGCUCUGGGAGGCAGACCCCCGUCCAGCACCCUGAGGCCCCCGGGAGCAGCAAGCAGGCCUCUCGGACAGGAGGAGGGCCGGAGGAGGAGCCAGCCCCUGCAGCCCCGGGGGCAGCCUCUCGGCGCCAGUCCCACCGGCACCGUCCUGUCCCGCACCACGAUGCUGCCCAGAAGACAUACGGGCCUCUGCUCAACCGUGUCUUUGGGAAGGAUCGCAAGCUGGGCCCCGAGGAGCUGGCCGAGCUUCAGGCGGCCUUCGAGGAGUUCGACACGGACCGGGACGGCUACAUCGGCUACCGGGAGCUGGGCGCCUGCAUGCGGACGCUGGGCUACAUGCCCACGGAGAUGGAGCUCCUCGAGGUCUCGCAGCACGUCAAGAUGCGGAUGGGCGGCCACGUGGACUUUGAGGAGUUUGUGGAACUGAUGGGCCCAAAGCUGAGGGAGGAGACGGCGCACAUGCUCGGGGUGCGGGAGCUGCGCAUCGCCUUCCGAGAGUUCGACAGGGACAGGGAUGGACGGAUCACUGUAGCCGAGCUGCGGCAGGCAGCGCCGGCCCUGCUGGGGGAGCCGCUGGGGGAUCCUGAGCUGGAUGAGAUGUUCCGAGACGUGGACCUCAACGGGGACGGCACCGUCGACUUCGAUGAGUUUGUGAUGAUGCUCUUCACUCACUGAGGCUCCAGGCGGGGGACCGCCUUGUCCCUCUGGCCCCAGACCGGCAGGGUCCCUGCUGCACGUCACCCCCCCUCCCCCCGGGAGGCCCCAGGAUGAAAGAGACCAGCAGCUGAAGCUUCUCCUGUCCCUGACAACACCUGGCUGGAGCGCCGGCUUGUGACGGCACCCACCCACCCUCAUCCUCGCCUCCUUCCCACCCGGAGAAAGGAGGUUCCAGGAGAAAAGCGACAGUCAGCUGCCUGGCAUUCCCUGGCGAGAGCAAGAUUUGGGUCUCUGUAGGCCCUCGGGGGCGGGGGGAGCUCCCCACA